AUGCUGCGCAAGUCCAAGACGCCGAAGAGCACUAGUGCGAGCCAGAGCAAUAGCAGGCCGAAGCCGCGGUCCGCGCCGUCCGCGUGGUCGACGGCGUCGAGCGCGAGUGUGGGCACGCCGCGGAACUCGUUCACGGAGACGGACUACUACCGCACGACGAAGGACGAGAUCCACUCGCCCGUCUCGUGGGCGGCCUGCCAGACACUGGCGCUCGGCGCGGACACCGACGGCGACACGGACGGCGACACGGACGGCGAGGACAUCGUGGAGAUCCGGCUUGCCCGCCCGCCGGCGCGGGGGCCGUAUAUCGUCGGCGACGACGGUGGGCGGCAGAAGAGCAGGGCGCCGGUGCUCCUCCCGGACAACGAGCUCGCGGGGGAGCGCGAUGAGGACAAGGACAAGCGGCAGGCGUCGCCGUUCUGGCUCGCUCUGAACGCCUUUUUCCGCCCGCGCAAGUGGCGUCGGCGGGAGACGCGCCCUACUCGGCGCUGA